GCGAGCUCUUAAUUUAGUGUUAAACAGCAAAGAUCGGCGUAAACCGGACCAUGGAGGCCAAUCCGGAGGAGGCCAAGUAUUCGGCAGAAGGGAUAGAAAGUAUGUGGCGCACACUGAUAUCAACACUCACCGAGAUAGUGAACGAAGACAACAGCUCUAGAAUCGAAAUGAUCUUGAACAUGAUUCGUACCGAUAUUACCUAUGAUGAUCCUGGUCUGUUUCCAUCGACACUACUGAUAUCAGACAUCGAACGGCAAAAGUGCCGCACUUGCAAUUUUUGGCUCAUUUAUCAGCUACUUCGGAUCGCAUCAAUGGACAUUUACGACAGCAUUGCGAAGAGCUGCACCGAAGUGCUGAAGGAAAUAAUUACUGCGUGUUUCAUUAAACAGCGAUGGUUGGCACAGGAAAUAUGGUCCAAAUUUGUCGAACUGCUUGAGCAAAUGAAUGAUCAUCAACCGGACAGUAAAUCAUCGUUAAACGAGUUCAUCCAGUUCCUGGUCAACGAUAAUUGUAUCAGUGAUUGCCAUUUUGCAGAAAUAACUAUCAACAGUAUGGCAUGUUGCCGCAAAAUACGUACAUAUUGUUUGCGCGUUCUAAGAAAUAUAAUAUCGAUCGUGUUCGAUGGAGAAGACGAAGCAUCACUGCAGAUUAUCGCCGGCAGUGUACGUGCAGUAUUGCGGACUUUAUCAAUUGGAAAUAUUGAUGAAAAAAUGCUGUGUAUGGUAUUUUUCUCCACCUACUUCAGAUACUCCAACCAAGCGCUAACUUCCGAAGAUUCCCUACAAACAGCAAUCGACGUUAUGAACAUGACGGCAACCUCACUGUGCCGUUUGAAAGCUUGGCAUACGGGUGGACUAGUUACGGCGAAGAAAGUCAAGGUAUUUUUGUUGGCAAUUACAGACCUGUUUAGUACGCUAAGCAAUCUACACCAGCUGUCCUCCUUGGAUUCUUCUUGGAAAGAGAAGCUCAAAAAUGCAGCUUGUAACAUAAUGCAUCAUACGAAGGAAAUCCAUCAACUAGACCGGAUCAUGCAGCAAGAGGAAAUGGAUGCUGUGUUGAGCAAUUAUAAACACCAGCUGGUAGAACUUAUACGUAGACUAAACCCAUGUACAAAUGAUGCUGGAAAUUUACUUGCUGCCUUAGACCAUUGUCCUGAAGCGCUGUUAUUAUUGGAAAAUGCUAUUUACGAUGAAGCAAUGCUCAAGGCCAAGAACAUGGUUAAACAUCGAUACAAAUGCAGCACAAUCGAACGAAUCAACAUGAACGAAGGCUGCCAGCCGAUACCGAUCAGUGAGAUCAGCACUAUUUGGUCCAUUUUACUCGAAAAGAUCGAACGUCAGCAAAAUCUUUUUCAGUACGUUUUAGACCUUGCUAAUAAGCUAAAUUUUAAAUUUAAUCGUAAUAUGGCAACCAGCCAUAAUCGGUCCGGCGAGCGGCUCUACAUAUUCUUGUGGCGGUUCGAUUCGAAACUACCACCCAUGGACGAGGACAACUUAUUCAAAUGUUCCGGAGAAAAUUGGUCCGUACUGCUCGAUCUAUGUUUCCACAUGAUUCAACUGACGGAUUUUAGGCGUAUUGGCAGUGAAACACAGCGUUCCUUGUUGAACGUGUUGUUCUCUCCAAUCGAAGGAACAUACUUGAAACCCGAAGGUUUCAGCCGCGAAAAACAAGUGCACAGUAAAGAUGUUAAGUAUAUGGAGCAACAACGUGAGCAUGCCCUGGAGAGACUGUGUGCCAUACAAAUGAGUCAUUUGGAAAAAGACUUUCCUGAAAUUGAAUCGUACCUAACGGAAAAACUUCUUGCACUGCUAGAGGUCAUUUUAUCGGAGGAAGACGGAAUCUUAAAAACCGUUGUUGCUAAACAAUUCCAGCAGCUUGUACUAUCUGCGAAAAUUCCACUAAAAACGCUGUUUGAGCGAGUAUUUCUGCCAUUAUUAUCCAACGUUAAAGAUGUGCGCCUUGAAAACAUAAUUCCUGCAUUGGGCAUACUGUACUGUAUUCGAGCAGCUACCAGUGAUCGGUUCAAGGUAUACCAAUGCACAGAAAAUCACAGGAACUUCCAAUGUGGACACUGUUUGGAACCAAAACAAUUUACCGGAUACGCGGAUGGAAUUUAUCUGAAAACGGUAACCGAAACUUUGGUUGCCGCUGGACUGUCACUAGAGCUGGAUGCGAAGUUUCGUAGUAUAUUACCCCAUUUGAAAGACACUACCGUUGAAGGGCGGUUGGCAUUUGUAAAGUUUCUUCCCAACGCUCUAAAGCACACGGAUUUGCUGAUCAAUGAAGAAAUAGUGCCUUGUUGGGUGAGUUUGUUUAGUGAUCGAUCCCUCGAGGUCUGUCAGGCAAUGAGCGAAAAUGCUAGAGCGAUUCUAAGCACUUUGGCCAAUCGGUUAGCAGACAACCCGGAAUUGUACGACAAGUACAUUGAUCUGGUGCUAAAGCAAGCACUGGCAGCUAUCGAACAAAGUUUUGCGGGAAUUCCUUCCUACGACCAUCAGAGUGCCAUCGUUCGAAUGAUCAUAGAAAUUGCCGUUGGCUCAGCUCGAAACAAAGCUCUAUCUCAAAUUGCACCACAAAGACGUGACGAAUCGCUAAAGCAGUGCGUGCGAAUGAUGCUUUUUCUGCUUAUGCAACCGGAAUCGGAAGUAACGUACGAAGCGUCUCGUGCUGUUGCAGAAAUGUGCGCUCGGCAAGAUGUUAGCCCGUGGAACAUUCUAUGCUGGUACCGGCAUGACAUUAUGAAGCUGAUGAUGGGCCUCGCGGUGAGCAACUAUUGUUUCUCUGGCAUCUCGCUGGCACACUCGUUGACCAUCGUUAGUCACACAUUCGAAUGUCGUGAUCCGGCCGAUUUUGUUGGCAAACACUACAAAACCAUGAUGGCCAUGCUUUUGCCCUGGUGUCUACGUUUCCCGAAGUGUGACGACAUGCUUUCCGAAUUGGCAGCCAUCAGUCGCAAGGAUCUAGUGACGAUCCUGUCUACGUCAUUUUUGACCAUCUAUACGUAUCUGUUCAUCAGUGAAACGCCGGAGGUAACCAAUCGUUGCAUCGAGUACAUCAUGAAACUUACCGGGAACAGCUUCUUCGAGCUUCUUCACUCGGAUAUAAAGCGCACCGUAUCAGAAAUACUAAUAUUCUACCACUUCAACGCUGAGUACGUGAUAAACGCGAUUCGAAGCUUGCUUUCGAAAGACAGUGACACCGACCAAGUCCCCACGGCCCGCAUAGCCGACUACAUUGCGACCCGAUUCCUUGGAGUGCUGGCCAACUUCGAGGCAACGUUGGUUAAUGCGGAUGGUGAAAAAAUCGUUAAAAACGAAGCGCUACUAAGCCUGGGCGACAUCAUCAGGCUUCUCGGUGGAGAACAUAUAACCCCGUUCCGGUUUAAAAUAAUCGCAUUGCUGCGCACCGCACUGGCAUUGCCGGAGGGACCCACCUUUACCCGCUACUGUGUCAACGUUUGGCGCAUUUUCGUGUGCACCGUCGAGGUGAGCGUCCUGGGGCCGCUAUUGAGCACGGUGUUUGUCACCCUCGAGCCGCUGCUCGCCUCCUAUCCCGAUGAUGUGGAGUACAUCUUUCGUUAUCUGGUGCUGGAAAACAACAGCCUGCUCGGGAACUACAUCGGCGAUCUGUACUUUCUUGCGGACGCACCGGGCAUGCCGGAAGAUAUAAGGAAAACCAUAAAGGUGCGCAUUACCGCACACAGUGGACAUGCAAGCGAUCGGUUUGCGGCUCGGCUCGAGGAACUGCUGCGACAUUGCAACCAUGAGAAUUUCACCGUGCGUGCUUUUGCCCUGACCCAUCUUUGCCGGUUGUUUGAAGCCAACCGCAGGGAGUUGAACGAAGCCAUUCUGGGCCAGCAUCAGCGUGUUAGCAUCGGCACCAUCGCAACGAUGGUAGAAAUGUUGAAUCGCGCCCUCGGAGAGCAGGACACCAAUCUGCAGCUACGGGCGGCCGAAUGUUUCGGUGAGAUGGGAGCAUUUGCACCGAGCCAUCUGCCCCCGAAUUAUGCUCCGUCGGGGCUUGGUUUCGCGCUGACCAUCCACUCGGACGCGUUCGCCAUAUUUGCACUUCGCGAACUGUGCCGUGCGUAUCAGCGCCAACGGGAUUCGAAAUUUGUCGACAGCUUUUCGCUGGCCAUUCAGGAAAUAUUGAGCGAACGCGGAGUAUCCCCGGCCAAGGGCAAAAAGUGUGACGUUUGGGAGACCAUCCCGGAGCGCUUGCGUCCGAUCAUGGAACCACUGCUCACGUCAUCCUAUACCACGGUCUCGAUCGCGAACCCAACCGUGCUGCAUCCGGUGUUCAACAACGUUCGGUCCAGUUUCGAGUGGUCCUACCAGUGGGCCUCGCAGAUGAUUGAAAGCAUUGGCCAAGAGGCCACCCGUAACCUGUUGCGUGCCUUCAAACCGAGUUUGCGCUGUGACGCGGGAACUCUUUCCCUUGUGCUGCCCUACAUAUUGCUACACUCCCUGCAGCUCUGUGAGGAUGUGGGGCAACGUCAUCGUAUAGCGGACGAGUUGCAGACGGUUUUCGAUGCGGCCGUCUCAGGCACCCAAUCCCAGGAUGGUGGGCUGCUCGCGCCGACGGUGAACGACAUCGUGCCGACGGGCACUGCGACGGCGGUGGGCAGCAGCAUAGUGGAAUCGCUCAUGUGCGAUCAAGAGACGCGGGACAGCACCGGUAAGGAGCUUGCGCUCGAAUGUGCAAAAUAUGCUUUUGGACUGUUCGAUUUUCUCGAGCGCUGGAAGCGUCAACGGCUCAAGGCGGAUCGUACUGCGGAGGAAAAGGAAUCGAAUGGUGGCAGUGCGAAGGUAGUUGAUGCUUUUCUCGACCAUUUCGAUCCGGACCUGCUGGCACGGGUAAACUUUAAGUGCCACGAGUACGCACGUGCCCUGCAGCUGCUUGAGCAUCGCUCGAUCGGUGAAGAUCGGGGCAAGCGAUUGCAGGAGAAGUUACCCUUUCUGGGAGAAAUCUAUUCGCGGCUCGGCGAUACGGACUCCGUCGAAGGUGUGAUGGCACUGAAAGCUACCGAGCCGACCUUGACCGAGCAAAUUCUCUACCACAACACUACCGGCCGACUGCAUGAGGCGGUGGCUUGCUACGAACGGUUGUUCCAGGUGAUGGGUGCCGGCGAACCGCCGAAGCUGGACGACUUGAACAGCAUGAUCGAAUGUUACCUCCGGCUCGAUCAACCGGAAACGGCCUUACUGCUGGCGGAGAGUUUGCUCGCCCGAUACCACGAUACGGCUCUGUGUGAACCGCUGCAGGACAUCCAGGCAGAACCAUUGUAUCGGUUAGGACGCUUCGAGGAGCUACAGGACUUGCUAGAACAUCGACAGGCCGCUCCGGAUGAAACCCGCCACUGGGGCAUCAUUUGUGGAUCACUGAUUGUAAAGUACCGCCAGACGGACUACGAGAAAUUUUGCGCAGAAAUCGUCCAUGCCCGGCAGGAGGUGGUACGGGGCAGUGGAUUCGGUACCGGUCGCAGUGGAACCUCGCGUACCCUGGACGAACUGGGAACGUACGAGAAGCGAUACGAGCAGGUGCUGAAGCUGCACAUGAUCAGAGAGUUUGAGAAAUGUGGUCACAUUAUGCACCGCUUGCGGCAGCAGCGCAAGGACAAAGACAACAAGCUGAUCGACGAUGUUCGGCAGCUGGUGGACAAUCUAAACACGCGCCUGGAAGUGCUCCAGCCGAACGCAACCACACUCGAACCGAUCAUCAGCCUACGGCGGAUACUGCUUAAGGAAAUGAAGCGUACAGUGGAUGAAAGGCAAGGCGCUGGAUCGACGGUGAAGGAACUGCGCCAACUGUUCGACCGACUGAUCGGCGAGCUGUGGAUGAAGAGCACCGAGCUGGCCUCGAAGGCCAACAUGUACCAGCAGGCGCUACUGUACAUCCUACACGCGGAAAGCUACCGUCCGCAAGAUCUUUUCAUUAAAAACGCUAAGCUACUGUGGGAAAGGCGCGAUAUAGCUGGCGCACUGAAGGUGUUGGAGCGUGGGGUGAAUGAAAUUGUCAACGAAUCCGAUGCGAACGCACUUAAAACGCUCCCGAAAGAGGAUCGGCUAGUGUACGCUGAAGGUAAGCGGCUUAUCGCUGCAUACAAUGCGGAGGCUUCGAACAUCUCGACCACUCUCAACCACAGCUACUUCAAGGAGGCGGUGGCCGCAAACCCGGAAAGUGAAAUCGCACUGGUACAGCUGGCGCAGUAUCUGGACAAACUGUACGGUUCGUUCCCGAGCAACGAGCAGGACUCGGCGAAGGGCUGGGAUUUGAUGCUGGAAGCGAUGGUUGCAUACGGCAACUCGAUGCAGUACGGUUCGAACUACAUCUACCAGUCGAUGCCACGGGUGUUGAGCAUUUGGCUCGAUUCGACGGCGAAGGCACUGCUUAAAACAACCUCGACCACCAGCUCUUCCUCCUCCGGGCAGAUCGCCAUGAGCCGGAAAGCUGCCCAACGAAUGAACGCGCUGGCGCAUAAGCUUUGCAACACACUUUCACCGUACUUUUUCUUCACCUCAUUCUCGCAGCUCAUCAGCCGGGUCGCGCACCCGUCGGUGGAAACGUACCAAGUGCUGAAGAGCAUUAUCGUGAAGCUACUGCUGAACUACCCUCAGCAGACGCUCUGGAUGAUGUUGAGUGUGUACAAAUCGUCCUACCCUAACCGGGUGCGGCGUUGCGUGGAGAUCUUCAACGAUCGUCAGCUGGCCCAGACAGCUAGCAUGGAUAAGCUCAUAAAGGAUUUCAACGCCCUAGCGGAUCGUUUCAUAGAGCUAACGAACAAAGAAAUCCCCGGCGGCGGCAACAGCAGUCGGUCGGCGACGGUGAAAGUGACGGUGUCCUCGCUCGUCAAGGCACUUCCGAAGCUGCUGGCGGACCGGAACUUCUCGAAGGUGCUGAUACCGAUCGAGCGGUGUAUGCAGCUGGUGCUGAACAAAAGUUCCGGCACCGACUUUAAGCCGUACCCGACCAACGAUAUCUACAUCGCGAGCAUCGAGGAGGAGGUGACGGUUCUCCAUUCGUUGCAAAAACCGCGCAAAAUUAACCUCCGCGGGCAUAAUGGGCGGCUGUACACGAUGAUGAUGAAACCGAAGGAUGACUUGCGCAAAGACUUCCGCCUGAUGGAGUUCAAUGCGGUGGUGAAGCAGUACCUGGCCCAGGAUCCGGACGCGAAGCACAGGCGUUUGCACAUUCGUACCUACGCCGUGCUGCCACUGAACGAGGAGUGCGGCAUCAUCGAAUGGAUCUCGAACCUGAACACGUUCCGCGCUAUCGUGUUCACGUACUACAAGCAGCGCGGGCUCGGAAUAGCAGCCAAGGAGUUACGCAACUAUAACUACGCUCGCACAGAUCCGCUGACGAAAAAGCGCGAUGCGUUCCUGUCGAUCCUGGUGCCUCGGCAUCCGCCCGUGUUUGGCGAAUGGUUCCGGGACUGCUUUCCCAAUCCGCACAACUGGUUCCAGGCACGCUCGUCCUACAUCAAAACGACGGCUGUUAUUUCGAUGGUCGGAUACAUCCUGGGGCUGGGUGAUCGUCACGGCGAGAACAUUCUGUUCGAUUCAACCAAUGGCGAUACGGUGCACGUUGACUUCAACUGUCUCUUCAAUCGGGGCGAAACGUUUCAGAUCCCGGAGGUGGUACCGUUUCGCCUGACGCACAACAUGGUUCACGCGAUGGGCCCCUUGGGGGUCGAAGGUCUUUUCCGGCGGUGCUGUGAGAUAGUGUUGCGGAUACUGCAGAAUCAGGCCCCAACGUUCAUGUCCGUCUUGAAGCCGUUCGUGUACGAUCCAAUGGUUUCAUGGAGCAAAGUUGGUGGAGUGGGUAGUGUUGGGGAUGUCAGCUCACGCGACACCAACACGGAACGUACGGACCCGCAGGCGUGGCUCAACGUUCAGAACAUCGAGGAGCGGCUCAAGGGUUACGUGAAAAUUAACGGUAAACCGUCAUGCAUGCCACUGUCCAUCGAAGGUCAGGUCAACCAUCUCAUUAAAGAAGCGACCGACACGGACAAUCUCGCUCAGAUGUACAUUGGUUGGUCGGGUUAUACGUGAGAGUGGAUAAGCAGUACGCAUUGGUUAGAAA